AUUUCCGUUUUCCGGUUGCUCAUGUACAGAAGUCGCGUAAAAACAACGAUGGCUGGAACAGUGGAGUGAAUACAUCUACGCACUUCGGUUUUGUAAUUUCUUUAAAUGUUUUGAUGUUUUCAGAUACAAAACUAUGCCUAUGUUUGAUCGGACAGGAUCUAAUGGCAACAACCAUGAAGACCAGACAAGCCCUGGGAGGGUAAGACGGCGAAGUCGUUCUCGCAGCAGAUCUAGAGAGUUUGGUCCUCUGCCAAAGGCCCCAAAAUACGAUACAGACGUCUCAGUGAAAGAUGAGCGAAGGUCUCGACAGUCCGAAACUCGUGAAAGAAAUGUUAAGAGGUUUCGCAUGGGUAGCCCACGUAGUCGUUCGAGGUCUCGAGAGAAAAUAAACAGUUGGUAUGAUCAGCGCGAUGGCAGACAUGGUUCCAGGAAUGAGUACUACGAUCAGCGGGAUGAUGCUCAACGCCAAAGACAAGAGGCCUUCAACGCAAGACGGCUACAAGAAAGGGAGAGAAUUGGUGAACUAGGAUCGUCUGAGGUCUGGGGCUAUUCUCCGAGAGUAAGAGAACCAGAUUCUGACGAACAUACACCAGUUGAAGAGGAGGUGAAGAACAGCAGCUCAGAUUCAAGUUCAGAAGAUGACAAGAAAAAGAAAAAGAAAAAGAAGAAAAAGAAAUCAAAAAAGAAGAAAAACAGGAAACACUCAGAGGAUAGUGAGUCAGAGUCUGACUCUGAUGGAGAGGAAGUAAAGAAGAAGAAAAAGAAGAGCAAAAAGAAGAAGUCCAAAAAGAAGAAGACCAAGAAGAACCGUAAACAGUCAAGUGACUCGAGCAGUGAGCAGUCAGAGGAGGAAGAGGAUGCCACUGAAGAGCUCUGGGUGGAGAGAACCUGCACGGAUGAACACAUUGUCGGGCCGGAGGCUCCUCUAACCCACCUGUCCCAGGAUGACAAGCCUCUGGACUUUGGUCAUGCGCUGCUGCCAGGUGAGGGUGCUGCUAUGGCAGAGUACGUGAAAGCAGGCAAGCGUAUCCCAAGAAGAGGAGAGAUCGGGCUGACCAGUGAUGAAAUUGCAACAUUUGAGAAGUCUGGCUUUGUGAUGAGUGGGAGCAGACAUCGUCGUAUGGAGGCUGUGCGUCUGAGAAAGGAAAACCAGAUUUACAGCGCAGAUGAAAAGAGAGCUCUUGCAUCCUUUAACCAGGAAGAGAGAAGGAAGAGGGAAAGCAAGAUCCUCUCCAGUUUCAGGGAAAUGGUGUACAGGAAAACCAAAGGCAAAGAUGAUAAAUAAGUCUUGUCCCUAAAGGUUCAUAACUUUAAAUACCUUUUUUCCUUUCCCUAAACGUUGUGUUUUAUUGUCUGAGAUCAAAUGUUUUUAUUCUCAGUUUUUGUAAAGGGGAAUUUAAAUAGUAAUGCAAAUUGAUUUUGUUCAUGCAUUAUGUAUAAGUCUGUCAGUUUGACAGAAUAGAAUGAGCUACCUUAUUUCUGUGCAUAAGUGUAAAAAAAAAAGUGGAUAGCGGGUGCACAGGUUAAAUGGUAUUUUGUAAUUUACUAUUGUGCAUUUCUAACUUCUCCAGUCUAACCUUGAACCGUAUACCUUUUUAGGUCAUUUUUAUUUUUGCAAAUGUGCAUGUAGUUUAGCUUGAGAAAUAAAAUUUGUAACGUGGCUACUAAAUCAUAACAUUGUACUUGCAUUAUUUUAACUUGAAUUGCUAGCUAGGAAGAUCUGCAUCUACAGGACUUUGCAUACAUGAGGCAAAUCAUACAGUAUAAUAUUGUACUUACACACACAUAAACUACACACAAAAUCUGAGAUGCUGAUAUGUCCUGUCAUUUCAAGGCUAUACUUUCAUACCUGACAGUCCCUCAAAUUAUUUUGAAACAGUAGGCUGUCCAAUGGUACAAACGAGAUGAUUACAAGUGAAAUGUUUUACUUUAAAUCAGUAACAGAAACGAGACCAGUCAUUUAAAUCGCAUAACAGUAGUUUAAUUUACAACCGAAAUCCAGCUUAAUGUGAAAUCUGUAUCUUCAAUGGAUGUUCUCAAGUCCCUGUGAGAAAAAUAAAAUACACAUUUGUUAAGAAAACAUGAGGUAGGUCACAUGUUUACUUGAUAUGGUUUAGCCUAGUAAAAAUGUUGGUGACAUAUUUACUUUAGACUGGUGAUACACUCCAGUUCCUGACAAACGUUUGUCUCUCUCCAUCAAGUACCACUGGUAAGGAACUCGCGCAAUUCUCUUUUCCUAAAUAAUAAGAAUUCAAAUAUGUUAGGACGGACUGGGCUUACAAAUAUAGCUCAUUUAUAUUGCCAAUGCUGUAUGUAGCUAAGCAAUUGGAUAGCAUUUGGUAAAACAAGAAGUACUCACCUUCCCCCCGUUCGUGAACUUCUGGAUCUCAGCAGUGAGAAUACCAGGAAUAAUGAGACAUGCGGUCAUGAUGCCAAGACCGGGCAAUAUUUCAUACCACAUAGUUGCAGUGUAUAUAAUGUCAGACACACACGUAAAGAAACAGACACUCUAGGUGCCUGGAAGGUAACUUUGCCGAGAAAUUGUGUUG